AUUAAUUGACAACAGAAUGGGGGAUGGAUGGGUUCAGUGUUAUUUUGCGGCUUAAUUAUGAUUAUUUAUAAACAAACAAACAAUUAUACUUGAUAAAUUACUAACAGUGAACUAGUUUUAAUAAAUUUAAUGAUGGGUGUGGUAUAAAUAAAAAGACAAUAUCAUAUUAUUUGAUUACGUGUCAAAUAAAGUGUCAAAAUAUCAAGGAUGUCUUUCGUCAGCGGAACGACGGGGAGUGAGGCUGCACAAAACUUUUUAGAAGUUUUACAAAAUGAUUUCAGAAAUUUAUCAUUGGAAACGAAAAAGAAAUAUCCUCAAAUUCGAGAGUCUUGUGAUGAGGCUAUUGCUAAAUUACGAAGUGCUGCAGCAAAUCCACAAACUCCUGUUUUCUACGUAGUCAAUCAAAUUAUGUAUCCUUUGGUACAAGGAUGUGAAUCCAAAGAUGUGAAGAUCAUAAAAUUUUGUUUGGGAAUGAUGCAAAGGCUGAUCACCCAACAAGUAGUAGACCCGAAAGGGGCUCGAUUCAUUACUAACACAUUAUGGAAUUUAAUGCAAAGUGGAACUGAAGAAGUUCGAUUAUUGCAGAGUGUCACAUUACUUUUAACAACAAAUACUGUUGUUCAUGGAGAAACAUUGGCACGGACAUUAGUUUUGUGUUUUCGACUGCAUUUCACAAAGGAUUCUACAACAAUAAAUACAGCAGGCGCAACUGUAAGACAACUGGUAUCAUUAGUUUUUGAAAGAGUAUUAGCUGAAGAAGCUGCAAGUCCCCAAGAUGAAGCAACUCCGCGAGAAGUUAAUUUGGAAGAACUAAAAACACCUUCUGGAAAUCCACCUAAAGGACUUAAACCUUGUGCAGCAGAUGCAUAUUUGAUGUUCCAGGAUCUUGUUCAAUUGGUCAAUGCUGAUCAACCAUUUUGGUUAAUAGGAAUGACAGAAAUGACCAGAACUUUUGGAUUAGAACUUCUAGAAUCUGUAUUAACAAAUUUUUCAGAAGUGUUUUUUAAGAAUCAGGAAUUCAGCUUUCUCUUGAAAGAACGAGUUUGUGCUCUUGUAAUCAAACUAUUUUCUCCAAAUUUAAAAUAUCGUAAUUCUGUACCGGCACAGAGUGCACCUAUGGAUAAACCAUAUUUUCCAAUUAGUGUACGAUUGUUACGUGUUGUAACGGUAUUGAUACAAAAAUAUCAUAGUUUACUGGUGACAGAAUGUGAAAUAUUUUUAUCAUUGAUAGUAAAGUUUUUGGAACCUGAUAAGCCGCCAUGGCAAAGAACAUUAGCACUUCAAGUUCUGCACAAAUUAUGUGUUAGCUCACAAUUAGUACAUGAUUUGUGCCAGAGCUAUGAUCUUCAACCUCAUGCCACUAAUAUUUUUCAAGACAUUGUCAAUUCUUUAGGAGCCUAUGUUCAGAGUUUGUUUGUGGGAAAUACAGGGCAAAAUUCAAAUUCUUCUGGUACUCCAGUAGUUCAAACAGGUAUGCUUAAUAUGAAUUCUAUGUCUCAGCCAGGAUUUUUCUUUCGAGGGAUUUGGCUUCCAAUAAUUGGCACUGUUACCAGAGGCCAAGCUAGAGCAACAUAUUUGGAAAUGCUUGAUAAGAUUGAUCCACCUGUAAUACCAGAAGGAUAUGGUAUUUCCAUUGCCUAUGCUUGUUUGCUGGAUAUUGUUCAGUCAAUUGCUAAUAUUAUGACUAAAAAUGUUGACAGUGAGCAAAUUGAAACACAGGAUACAGCACAUCCUGAACAAAAUAAAUCUACAGCUGUUGUUCGUGACAAAAUUAAUGACAAUAAAAUUCAUAUAUCAUUCUCUAAUGGAGAUGAUAUCAAAUUAUACAACCAAUUAGUAAAUUCUAGUUGGUGUGGUUUAUUAGCUGCUUUUGUUCCAUUAAUAGAUUCUAGUACUGAUGAACAGACUACAGAAAAUAUUUUAAAAGCCAUUCAAACUUACACUGGUUUAUGUGGGCAUUUAGAAUUAAAUACCCCAAGGGAUGCUUUUAUUACGGCAAUUUGUAAAUCCUCUUUACCGGCUAACUAUAUGUUGAGUAUUUUCAAUAUGCAAUUCCAAGGUGUAGGAAAUAAUAUAAGAACACAUUCCAGAACAGGUAGUCAGGAUUUGAAUCAAUAUUCGGUUCCUUAUGAGUGCGAUUAUCGCCAACAAGUAGUUGUUGUUGGCACUCCUUUGCCUACUGCUUCUUUACCUGCAGGUGCCCAGCAGGGUCCAGUUAUGUUGACUGCGAAGAAUCUUCAGUGCAUGAGAUCUCUUUUAAACCUUUCACAUUCUUAUGGCAUAAUUCUUGGCACGGCUUGGCAUAUUGUUCUUUCUACACUACAGCAUUUGGUUUGGAUUCUUGGAUUGAAACCAUCUACUGGAGGAUCAUUGAAAGCAGUUAGAACUUCCAAUGAUUCAAAUGCAGUUAUAACCACAGCUGUUAUGGCCGAUUUGCCAAUUUUAUCAACAAUGCUUAGUAGAUUAUUUGAAUCGAGCCAGUCACUGAAUGAUGUCGCAUUACAUCAUUUGAUUGAUGCUCUUUGCCAAUUAUCUCUUGAAGCAAUGGAGCUUGCAUAUUCUAACAGAGAGCCUUCCCUGUUUGCUGUGGCAAAAUUACUAGAAACAGGUUUAGUAAAUUUGCCUAGAGUUGAAGUUUUGUGGAGGCCAUUAACAAAUCAUCUUCUGGAGGUAUGCAGGCACCCUCACAUAAGAAUGAGAGAAUGGGGCGUUGAAGCAAUUACAUAUCUUGUUAAAGCAGCAUUACAACAUAAAUAUAGUACGCCAUUAAAAGAGAAUCAAAGACUUCAAAUUCUUCUUCUCGGUCCACUGGCUGAAUUGAACUCCGUUCAUCAUGUUGAUGUUAGAGAGGGUCAAUUAGACUGUGUUCUUCAAAUACUUCAUGGUUGUGGUGAAACCUUAUCCUACGGGUGGCCUUUAGUUCUUGGUAUAAUUGGAGCAGUGUCAGAACAUCAUGGAGAAAAUUUAAUACGUGUUGCUUUUCAAUGUCUUCAAUUGGUAGUUACUGAUUUUCUUCCAAUUAUGCCCUGCCAUUGCCUUACAUUGUGUGUUGACACUGCAGCAAAAUUUGGUUCACAAACUCAAGAACUGAACAUUUCUUUAACUGCUAUUGGAUUAAUGUGGAACAUAUCUGAUUAUUUUUACCAAAAUCAAGAAAAAUUAUGUGCGGCAUUAAAUUCUGAAUCAUCUGUAUUACCUGAGUUUCCUGGAACUCUUAACAUGCCACCUUUUGAUAAGCUCUGGAUGUGCUUAUAUACAUGGCUAGGUGAACUUUGUGUUGAUUCUAGACCUGCUGUACGGAAAUCUGCAGGACAGACAUUAUUUUCAACUAUUUCUGCCCAUGGUAUCUUAUUGAAUCAAAAUACUUGGCAAAGUGUAUUAUGGUUGGUGCUUUUUCCACUAUUGGAUAAGGUUCGUUCCUUGUCUAUGAAAGCGAGCAAUGAAAAAGUUGACACAAGUGGAAAUAUUUUGAUACAUCAUACAAGAAACACUGCACAGAAACAAUGGGCUGAAACGCAAGUUCUAACAUUGUCUGGUGUUGCAAGAGUAUUUAAUACAAAGAGGCAAUUACUUCUUCAACUUGGAGAUUUUCCAAAAGCGUGGUCGUUGUUAUUAGAAUUCAUAGAAUAUUCAGCAUUAAGUAAAAAUAAUGAAGUUUCACUAGCUGCAUUAAAAUCAUUCCAAGAAAUUUUAUAUUCAAAUAAAAGUGAUAAAAGUAUUGAUGGGCACUCUGGCGUAUCUAAUAAUAACGCUGAUACACAAUUGUGGAACGUAGCUUGGAGAAUUUGGAUUAACAUUGGUGUAGAAAGUACUAUGCUUGGUGAAAGUUUGAGCAAAGAGGAUUGUUAUGUUCCUAGUCAAAGUCUACUUACAGCUCUUGUACAGAUAUUUCCUGCAGUAUUUCAGCAUAUAAGAAAUAACUUCACUCCCGAAGAUUUGAAUAAAUUGUGUCAAGUUCUGAAAAAUGCAAUGAUUGUACCAAUCAGUAAUGAUAAUGCUACUUAUAUGGUGCCUCCUUUAUCUGAUAUGACUAUUACACCUCUCCAAGAUGGGGUACUGCAUUGUAUGCAGCUAUUACAAAAUGAAGCUCUAUCUUGUCCGGUGAAAUUAAAUCUUAUGAUAGCACCUAUUUUUAAACAACUCCUUAAUUUUUCAAUAUUAGCUUGUGCACCGCCAACUACAGAAAAUGGUGAUACUAAAAAUGUAGCAGGAUCUAGAAAUAUUUCUAAUGAAUGGGUCACAACAGUUUUUGUUCCCUUUGGAGAGAAAUCUAUGAGCCAUGCUGUGAAAUUAUACCAACAAACAGCAAGUGAGGUUCCAGUCAUACGAAAUAAUAUUCUUUAUGAAAUUAUCAAGGCCAUCCAUCUGCCUUUAUCUUUGAAAUACAACUGUGUUUCUCAAACUACAUGGAAAUUAGCCAUCGCUAGUUUACUGACUGUUCUUAAGACUGGUCUACCAGUAGCAAGAUCAAAUGCUGAACAUUUUACAGAAAUGUGGUCGGAGUUAUAUGAAACUCUUGAUCAUUUUCUAUUUCCAAAGAGUGUCAUGGGUGCAGAUCAUGGCUUAGAUGAUUUAGUAACAGAUGAAACAAUUGACUGUCAAGUGAUAGAAUUAUUACGUGCCGAGGUUUUACCGUAUUCGCAUUGUAUGCCUAAGCAAUUUAUUCUCAAAGUGGUUGUGCUACUUAAUAAAGGCUCAAUUCAUUCAGCAACCGGUUCAAACAUGGAUUCAGAGUCUGAGCUGAAGUUACGUGAAGAAUUUGCUAAAACUUGCUUUGAGACUUUACUUCAAUUUUCAUUACUGGAUAGUGAUGAUAUUGAUAAUGAUUUUAUAAAUUCAAAUGAGCAAAAUAAUGAAACACGAAAAGAAGGUGGUGUAGCAGGCCGGUUAGCUGUUACAGCAUUACUUUACAGGUUCCAGGAAGUAUUGAAAAAAUAUAAUGAAGAUGAAAGACAAAGUGGAAAAUGUCCUUUACCGAGAUACAGAAUGUCUGAAAUAUCUUUUGUAUUGAAAGCUGUAGCAACACUUAUAAUUUCAAUGAAAAAAGCCCCAGCUGGAAAAGUCGAUGUAUCAGCGUGGAAUCAAUUAAUAGGCUUAUAUCCCUACUUAGUGGAAUGUACUGUAACAGCUUCUUCUCAGGUCUCUAGAAGCCUUCGUGAGUGCCUCAUGCAGUAUAGCGAUUUACUUCAACCUCCCGUGUAACGAAUUAAGAAUAUUUCUAUUUGCUAUUGAGAAUUGAUAGAUAAUAAUUGCAUUUAUACAGGCUACAUAAAUAUUAAAGAAAGUGUGUUGUGUAUGUGUGUUUGAGAUAGUCGG